AUGUCAUUUAAGGAAACUCUAACACAAGAGCUCAAAACAUUGGAAAGGAAGACAGCAUAUAAUCUGAAGAAGGAAAUACAGGAAUUAGAAGAACGACUGAAGAUGGACAUCAACGAGAGAGAGAGUAAGCUACAGAAGAAUAUAGACCAAGUCCAGGGAGACGUGGAGAAGAUGGAAGGAAAGUUAACAAAAAAGAUGGAAGACAAUAUUGAAGAAACUAAAGCCGAAUUGGGAGAAAGGAUCAACGAAUUGGAAACAAAUUGCAAUCAUCGAAUCGCCGAGGUGACGCAGAUGCAGAAACAAUGCAAUGAUGCGGUUAAGGGGAUAGGAGAUAGGCAAAACCAACUGGCUGUCAAUCUGAGAAAUGCUAUAGCCGUGCAACGAGAAGAGGAUAACAAGAGGGUUGCAAUGGAGGUCAGGCAAUUACAACAGGGAGUGCAGCAAUUGGAGAGCAAGACGGAAGAAAUUGAUAAAUGA